AACGGUUGGAUAGUUAAAAUGCAAAUUGACUGCACGUUUAACAACAAAAUAUUCCUCAUUUGUGUGCUGCUAGGGAUCUUUACCACAGUUGAGGGCCACCUUUUUGCCUUGGGUUCCAAGAAGUGUCACGAUGUGUGUCCCAUGGGCUAUCGGGUAGUAUGUGCUUUGGACGUCCUAGACGGUUGUCUACGCUCUUUUGCCAGCAGUUGUGUGAUGCGAAUGUACAACUGCAAAUAUCAGAAAGAUUAUCGCGUUGUAGCGGAGAGGGCCUGUGAAUUUAUCACCAACGACGAACUGCAACUGCUAAUCUAGCGUACUUUUUCGAAAGCGCUCAGGUGCCGGGUGCCGCCGCCUGAGGGCGCCAGCAGACCACGGCGCACGCGUCGUAUACGCGAUGUGUGGCGCAAGGAACCGCGUGUGGAUGCGAACGGGCAGGAUAUAUACCAGCAGCCACUAAUGCUGUAUUUAUGUGUAACUCUCAACUCUCUAGGCACGCGUCACGUCACCUCCGCGAACGAAAAUCGCCAAUUUUCCUCCGUUGUUUUCCCAGAAAAGCCAUCCUUUUUGUACGACAUCGUUAAUGUUUUAAGUCGCACGAAUAAAUUAACAUAAAUUUUAGUUUAAGUGUAAAAGAAAAGAGAAAGUGAAGAGCUUGUUGUGGCAGUGAUAUUAAACCAAGGAAAGAAAAAAAAGUAGAGAAAAGACAACGUUGGUUGGCGCAAGUGAAAAAUUGUUUGGGCAGGCAGGCACAGCACAAGGGAUAUAAUCCACAUAUACUCGAGUGUUUUUCCUGAGCGCUGAAGGCUGAAAAGUUUUCUCGCUUGGCUAUUCAAUAACAGGUUUAAGCAACGAGUUCCUCCGGCUGCGGCUGCUGCUGCUGUUGCUUGGGCACACUUCUGGGCAACGCAUUGUCGCCGCCGACCGCAAAGCUGGGCAAAAUUAUGAACUUGU